AGUUGGAACCGGACUUCUCUUGCUUCUCCUUGUUUCUCUCAUAUUAACUCCUUUUCCCUUUAUCUUCUUCUCUGUUCUGCUUUUCUUCUUCAAAGCCUUCAAAGGGUAGAGAAAAUUUUAUCCAAAGAAAAGAUGGUGGAGAGUGAUGAUAUCUAUACAAAGGAUGGGACGGUGGAUAUCAAUAAGAAACCUGCUAACAAGAAAAAGACUGGGAAUUGGAGAGCUUGCUGCUUCAUUCUUGGAAAUGAAUGUUGUGAACGGUUGGCAUACUAUGGGAUGGGAACGAAUCUUGUCAACUAUCUCGAAGAACGUCUCAAUCAGGGAAACGUUGAUGCAUCAAAUAAUGUUACGAAUUGGUCCGGAACCUGCUAUAUCACGCCGUUGAUCGGAGCCUUUUUAGCUGAUGCAUACUUGGGUAGAUACUGGACAAUUGCUAGUUUCUCAAUCAUCUACUUCUUUGGCAUGACACUCUUGACAUUAUCGUCUUCUAUUCCCGGACUAAAGCCAUCGUGCAAUGGAAACGUUUGCCACCCAACUGAAGGACAAGCUGCAGUCUUCUUUGUGGCCUUGUACUUGAUUGCUCUUGGUACUGGUGGGAUUAAGCCAUGUGUAUCAUCUUUUGGUGCUGAUCAGUUCGAUGAAACUGAUGAAGUUGAGAGAAAAAAGAAGAGCUCUUUCUUCAAUUGGUUUUACUUCUCGAUCAAUAUCGGAGCACUUAUAGCUUCUUCUGUUCUAGUAUGGAUACAAAUGAAUGUGGGGUGGGACUGGGGUUUUGGGAUCCCAGCUGCUGCAAUGGCUGUGGCAGUUGCAUUUUUCUUUGCAGGUAGUCGAAUGUAUCGCCUUCAGAAACCUGGGGGGAGUCCACUUACAAGGAUUUGUCAAGUUAUUGUUGCAUCCUUCAGAAAAAUCAACGUCAAAGUUCCGACAGAUCCGUCUCUCCUUUACGAGAUUGUUGACCAUGAAUCUAUUAUUCAUGGGAGUCGAAAGCUAGAGCACACGGAUAAGUUGAAGUUCUUUGACAAGGCUGCAAUUGAUACUCAAAAUGACUAUAUCGGGGAAUCAUUAAGCCCGUGGAGGUUGUGCACCGUAACUCAAGUUGAGGAGCUGAAAUCGGUUAUCAGAUUACUUCCGGUAUGGGCAUCAGGAAUCGUCUUUGCUACUGUUUACAGCCAAAUGAACACUAUGUUUGUUUUGCAAGGCAACACAAUGGACCAACACAUGGGUCCGAACUUCAAGAUUCCUUCGGCAUCUCUCUCCCUCUUCGACACUCUCAGUGUUAUCUUCUGGGCUCCCGUUUACGACAGAAUCAUCGUCCCAUUCGCUAGGAAAUUUACAGGCAAUGAUCGAGGUUUCACCACGCUCCAACGAAUGGGCAUUGGCCUUGUCCUUUCCAUCUUUGCAAUGAUCACUGCAGGUAUCUUGGAGGUUGUUCGACUUCGAAUUGUCCAGAAGAACAACUACUAUGAUCUCGAGACUAUCCCCAUGUCAAUCUUCUGGCAAGUCCCUGAAUAUUUUCUAGUCGGAUGUGCCGAAGUUUUCACAUUCGUCGGACAGCUAGAGUUUUUCUACGACCAAGCACCUGAUGCAAUGAGAAGCCUCUGCUCGGCUCUCUCACUAACGACCGUUGCACUAGGAAACUACUUGAGCACUGUGCUGGUCAUCGCCGUGACAAAGAUAACCACUCGGGACGGGAAGCUCGGAUGGAUCCCGGACAACUUAAAUAGGGGUCAUCUCGACUAUUUCUUUUGGCUUCUAGCUAUUCUCAGUUUGCUAAACUUCCUGGUUUAUCUCUGGAUUGCACGGUGGUAUACUUAUAAAAAGGUAGCCGGAAACAUUUUAGCAUAGGACUCAAACAUGCCUUGGGAAUUUGUAGACUUGAUUUGCAGAUUUCAUUAUAUUAUUGUUAUGAAUUUGUGGAUUAGAAUUGGAUA